CAGUCGUCACGUGACUAUACUUACCUGCCAUCACACACCUAGUUCCCGACAGGUAAAAGAGGUAGUUACAUUACACAGACAGCACCAGACCAGUAAACAUGCCGGGAACCGUAUUCGCAAAUGAAGACUUUGAUGCAGACGCAGCUGCCGGGAAGCUUAGGGACGCAAUGAAAGGCCUAGGUACCACAGAGACAGACAUUAUUGAGGUACUGGACAGCCAUAACAACGAACAGCGUCAAGAGAUAGCAACAGCUUUCAAACAGUCCUACGGCCUGGAUCUGAUUGAUGAGCUCAAGUCGGAACUGAGGAGUGACUUCGAAAACACCGUGAUUGCGCUGAUGACACCUCCACGUCUGUACGAUGCACGAGAGCUAAACAGGGCUAUCAAGGGAGCUGGAACUGACGAGACGGCACUGAUAGAAAUAAUGUGUUCACGUACCAACGAGGAACUGGAAGAAAUCAAAGCGGUGUACCAAACAGAGUUUGAGACAUCAUUGGAGGAAGACUUGGAUUGUGACACAUCCGGGUACUUUGGUCGUCUGAUGAUUUCCCUGGUGACUGGCGGGAGAGACACAGAUGAUGAUGUGGAUGAAGAGGCCGCCGAGGCCGAUGCACAGGAACUGUACGAGGCUGGACCCAACAGCUGGGGUACAGAUGAGUCCAAGUUCAACCAAGUCCUGUGUAGACGCAAUUUCAAUCAGUUGAAAAGAAUAUUUGAAGUGUACGCGGAAAAGUACGAGCAGACCGUGAGGGAGGCCGUCGAGAGUGAAAUCAGCGGAGACACACAAAGCGGAUAUUUGGCUUUAGUUGAUAUAGCGGAAGACAAACCUCUAUUUUUUGCCAAGAGGUUGGACAAUGCCAUGAGAGGAAUCGGUACCAGCGAUGACGAUCUCAUCCGUCUGAUAGUGUCGAGGAGUGAGGUUGACAUGCAGGAGAUCUACACGAAGUAUUACUUCAUGCAGCCUGAGGAUGAUCGCCGGACACUACGGGAGGCGGUGGAUAGCGAGUGUGGUGGAGAUUACAAGGCCAUGUUGCUGACCCUUCUUAACCCCAUAGAUUGAGGAUAUGUCUCCAGUACCAGUCGGCCUGUCAAAUUUAGAAUAGGUCAAGGGAGAGAAACCCACCAAAUUCAAUAUAACAAAGUCAUUGUGAAAAAAAAAGUUUUUUGUUACAUGAGAAUUUAAAAUCUGUACAACACUAACUUUGGUAUAAAGGAAAUAGCUGCAGCCAAUAGAAAAAGCCAAUCAGUAAAGCGAUGUGACAUUACUAUGCUUGUUCAAGUUUUGGUUAGAAACUCGGUAUUAUGUUAUGUUCCUCCCUGUGAGUGCCUCUAUUUCUGUGGUGGAUGACCAAUUGUAGUAAUUUGCUAGAAGUGUACUCAUAUUUCUGUAAAAACACAAACUAAUCGUAUCUAGCAAUUUACUUUUUUUCUGUUGCAAUAAAUAAUGUCUGUAUUCUU